AUGAAGAUCAAAAGAAAAUCAGUCAACUCUGGCCAGAGACAUGAAAUCGUUUCCGAAGAUGAUAUUGCUCCCAAAGCGAAGAAAGCGGCUAAAGAAGACAAAGAUAAAGCGGGACAGCAUCGUGUCAAUGGAACCAAUGGUCAGCAACAACAACAACAGCAGCAACGGCAACAAGACCAAGAAAGACAAAGCCAGCAACAGCAAGCAACGCAAAAUGGUCCUUCAAUCUCCGCACCCGAAACUGUCGUGCGAAAUCGCCCUACUGAGCCCGUUUUAAACCGGGAUCAGGGCACCAUCUGCAGCUCCGUUGGAAUCGUAACCGAGCCAGACUCACUCGGUGUUUGCGAACCAGGCACCAGUGUUCUCCUCGAAGGGAUCGUUUGGCAAGAAACAGAAGGCGGUAUCCGUUCCGCAGGAGUGUUGGUGGUGAACGUAACGUGGAGAGGCAAAACAUACGUGGGAACCCUUUUGGACGCGACAAGACAUGACUGGGCUCCUCCACGUUUGACGGAGGAAAGCGACGAACGAAGUCGCAGUCUAGGGUUCGGAGGAAGGGCCAAAAGAACGGGGCAGGCUAGGUCGCUGAGUGGAUCAGAGGACAACAGUCUCAGUAAAUUGAGAAAUGGGAAAGGCAGGAGGGCAUUCACGCCUGUGCCGGCUAGUCCCGGCAAGUGCGCCUCUCCUGUGGCGGCGGACUCGCCCAAGGUGAAGAAGCCGAUGUCAGAGCAGCAGCUGGCAAAGGACAAUGGGGGCCAGAACGACAAGUCUAAUGAAGACAGAAACGCAGGAAGUACUUCUUCGUCGUCGUCUUCCGAAAGCGGCAACAACGUUAAAUCUUGCGGGAACGGGACAACCGGCGGGAGCGGGGCAACCAGCGGCGUGUCCUCGUUGUCGUCCGCCUCAGCGGUGGGUCUGGGUCGAGUGACACGAGUAAUGGCCGAAGACGAGGACGCCAUCGAGGAGGCCAGCAUGCUCAAGUGUCCGGAGCCCAGUUGCCACAAACGCUUCAAGCAGCUCAACGGCUUGAGGUACCACCAGACUCACGCACACAACGACCGGACGCCUCCGCCCCCUGCCCAGAAAGAGGGCGGCGACGACCAGGCCGCUGUGCCUUCCGCCAAUUCCGACCAGAACGAUCAUUCGUCGAGUGGCGAUGCGGCCGGAGUCGACAAGUCAGAUGCGAAACACAAGAGUGACGAUAGUGACGUAUCGAAAGAUAAAAGCAAGGAGUCCGGAGGGAGGAUGUCCGCUGCCUGUGAUAGAAAUACUCCAAACAGUGCCCACACUGCCGAAAGCAAUGGCAGCAACCUGAACGGGCCGUCUGCUGACGACACCGACACCCAGAACGUUGCGUCGAAUGCGACUUUAGAUAACGACGUGCCUGGUGGUGCGCCGAGCCCUGCCUACUCUGAUAUUUCCGAUGACAACUCCGGGGCAAAUCCAGCCAAUGGCUCCCCAUCGGCAGGAAGCACAGCAACAACGAGCGCGUCGACGUCGACGGCUACUUCGGCCACCGCGUCGACGACAGCGACUACACAACAAACCACAGCUACUGACGUAGCAACGACGACAACACCGUCCACGACAACGACGUCGUCCUCAGCAACAGUGACCUCGAUGAAGCCAGUAGUGAGUGCAGCAGCUGCCACAACGAAUUCCACGACGCCGACGAUAACGUCGGCGGCUAGUCCGACGACAACCACGUCGUCGUCAUCUUCGACCUCAACAACGACGGCGACAACGAAAACGGCACCUUCGAACGGGGAUCAUAAUCGUCCGAGUCUGUCUUUGGGACAAACGUCGCUGCAACAGUUGCCACCGUUGCCUUCUCAGCCUCAAGCACUUCAGGCGCUGCCGCAACAUUUACAACCGAUGCAGCAGCUACACCAACAGCAGCAGCAGCUGUCGCUGCAGCAGCACCAUCAGCAGCAACUCUCCCUGCAACACCAACAACAUCUCAGCAUGCAGCAGCAACAAAUGGUCUUGCAGCAUCAACAACAACAACAACAUCAAUUAAAUAUGCAACAGCAUCAGAUGUCGUCGCAACACGCGGGAAGCGACUCAAGGAGUGAUUUAUCAAAUAGUCAUCAACAAAAUAAUAACGGUCGACCCUCAUCGACCGGGAAUGUACAUACUUCGACAGGUUUGAAGCUCACCCCGCAGUCCUCCAGAAGCACAACUCCAGCCGGUCUGUCGUCGGACGACCGGAAAGAUCUCUCAUCCCUCGGCAAGAUGGCGUCCUCAAUUGUCUCUUCAUCUUCGUUGACCCCGUUAGGGGCAUCUCUAGGUUUAGGAUCCCCAGUGGGAAUGUCUCUCGUGGGCAAUCAUGGCCAAGCCGUUUCCAUGGCGAAAACGGCUCUCAGUCAACCGAGUCUGUUCACAUCGUUUCCGCCCGGGCUCAAACUCGGCCAGGGUCUACCUCCUCAGUUGGGAAUGCCUCCUCAACUGAUGGGGAUGUCACACGGGCAGUCGCCUCAACCUUCUCCGAGAGGCAAAGCGACUCCACCUUCUCAGGAGCGACUCACGCCGAAGAACUGCUCUUCACAAUCACAACCGCUAGGGCCUAAUCAAUUCAUGCCACAACUCGGUGGCGAAUCCUUGAGUUUCUCACAGUCCGCGCACAAGCGGAUGUCGCCAUCGAUGGACCUUCGGAGGGACGCUGGGGGCCCGUCUCCAAAACCUCUCGGACAGGGUAUGCCGGGGCCGUUCGGCGCACCUCCACCGAACAUGUAUCUUGGACCCUUCGCACCACCUUUCCAAUCGCCUUUCGGAUUGGAUGUGAUGUACCAUCCGAGCUAUCUAUCCGAGCGUUUCGGUGGAGUGCCGGGGGUUCCCGGCUCACCCGCCGCUCCGGCCAAAGCAACUCUAGACUUGCUACAACAAGUCAGUGUCGCCGCCUCUCAGCAGACAGCGACAGCCGGCAUCGGGCGCUCGGGUUCUACGUCUCAGAGUUCGUCAGGGCCCCCGAAGCCGAAAGCCGGUCCGUCUGCGACGUCGCCGUCGUCUUCGUCGGGGAAGACGGCGGCCCGACCGGGUCGUGUCGCGACUCCUUCGUCGCUUGGGGGUUCGAGCAGCGCUGCGACGGGAGGAAAGAGUAAAGAAAGCGUGUCGUCUCUCCCGCAUCGGCAUCUGCACACGCAUCAUCACACUCACCUGGGCAUGGCGUACCCAAUGUACGAUCCCUACGCGGCGGCGGCGAUGAUGACGACUCCGGUCGGUAUUCACCCAUUUGUGCCGAAGUAA